AUGGCUAUUUGUGGAAAAUUUGGAAAGCCCACCUUUUUCCUUACUUUUACCUGCAACCCGAAAUGGCCAAAGGUCACAGAAAAUAUCCAAGCUUACCAAAUUCCAUCGAAUAGUCCUGAAAUUGUUUCAAGAGUUUAUCAUCUUAAACUGAAAGAAUUAAUAAAGGAUAUUCAAGAACAUCAAAUUGUGGGGAUUAUUGUUGCGAGGAUUCAUGUCAUCGAAUUCCAAAAGCGUGGUCUUCCACAUGUCCAUCUACUGAUGUGGGUAGAUGAGAAUGACGUUCCAACAACUGAAGAAGAUAUAGACAAGACGAUAUGUGCUGAAAUUCCUGAUCCAGAAGCGAACCCGAUACUUCACAAGAUUGUAAUGAGCAACAUGAUUCACGGCCUAUGCGGAAAAUAUAUUAAUCGCAAUUCUCCUUGCAUGGAUGGUGAUAUAUGCACCAAAUCGUUUCCAAAACCAUUUGCGGAAGUAACGGUCAUCAACGGAAAUGGAUAUCCAACUUAUCGAAGGAGAAAUAACGGUCGUAGCUACUCGCUCAACAACAACAGCAGCCGUCACCGAGUGGAUAACAGCUGGGUCGUACCUUACAACCCUUACCUUUCACUGAAAUUCAACUCGCACAUUAAUUUGGAGUUUUGCGCUUCCAUAACCAGCAUAAAGUAUAUUUUCAAGUACAUAUACAAAGGACAUGAUUGCGCAAACAUACAGAUAAGCAGAGGAGAAAAUCAAUAA